GCAAUGGUUACCCAAGAAGCAAGGUUAGGUACCUACCUAGGUACCUUAUGUAGUACAUAGAUACCUAGAGAUACAAAGUGUGUAAAAGUCGCCAGAUCGCAUUUUAGAAACAUCGUCAAUCCAAUUCGUUACCUCUUCACAUACAGCUACCACGAUCGAGUCUAUUCACUGCGCUUUAUACACUCUUAGACUUUACUUCUACGAUUCCCACCCUAUUCCGAAUUACAACCGAGCCUACCUCCAUUCUUUGUAGACAACCCCUUCCCUCCAGACCGCGCCGCCAACAUGUCUUCCGAGCUUGAAACAUUCACCAUGCUGCCCUUGCAGAUCGAUCCGCAAACCAAAGCGCUUUCGACGACGACGUCCGGCUCGCGCGCCCUACAGGCCGAGCUAGCUACUCUCAACGCCUUGCAUCGCUCGCUCCUCGCCUUGGAAACCCCGAACCAGGUCCCGCCCCCGCCGCUACCGGUGAACCCGAAGCGGUCGGCCAACGUCAACAAGCUUCGAGACAGCGGGAACGCCGAGUACCGCAAGGCCAAGUACGCCGAGGCCGUCAAGUUCUACACCCUGGGUCUGCAGAUGGCCCUGACGCGACCGCUCUGGGAGCCUCAGCAGCUGGUGCGCGAAGAGGUCGCUGCGCUCUACGCCAACCGCGCCCAGGCCCAUAUGGCCCUGCAGAGCUGGGCCGAGGGUGCUUCCGACGCCGAGGCCAGCGUAGAGGCCAAGCGUGUCGGUAACGCAAAGGCUUGGUGGAGGCGAGGCAAGUGUCUAGUCGAGAUGGGACGGCUUAUCGAGGCCAAGGAAUGGGUUAGCAGAGGCUUAGAGAUGGAAGGCGACGAGGGCGAGUUGGUCUCCUUGCUGAAGGAUAUCACCGCCAAAUUGGAAAAGAGUAGUUCAUGAAGUGUCUACUGGUCUCGUCGUCGUCGUUUUUGUUGUUGUUUUACUCCUUUUUCUUACAAGGCUCUUACGUUCCCUCCCAUCCAUUUAUGGAAGCUGGGUAAUAUUUCCAUAGGUCAGGCACUCCAAAGGCGUCCAUGGAGUUGGU